AUGGCUGGUACUUCUACACAGAAGUGGUCAGAGGUCUGUAUUAGAUCGGCGAAAUGGCAUUGCAGUGAAUGCCAUUUCACUGACACAUAUAGACCAAAAUCUGAAAAUAGCAAAGGUUCAGGUUCAAGACAGGACUGUGCCUUGGAAGUGCAAAAUCGGAAACUGUACCUAAAUGUCACUUUAGGAAACUCAUUGAUUUUGAACUGCACUGUAAGGUAUUGCAUACAAGAUGCUGUUAGCAGCUAUCCAGUCACAACUUGGGUUAAAGUUGUUGGUCAUAAUUUUUUCCAGUUAGAAAAGACAAAGGACAAACACGUGGAACAGCAGCAGCAAAGUAGAGACACUAAGGAGGAUAAAAUUGUGGUGUUCGCCUUGAAAAUAUAUAAUGUGACUCCAGAAGACAAGGGAGUUUACCGAUGCAGGGCCGUACAAAACAGUUCCAUCGCCAUGGGACACAGCAUUCACAUUGCUAUCACAAAUUCUACCAUUGUAUCACCAGAGCCAUCUGUAGAUGAGCUACAUCCAGACUCCAGCCUUCGGCUUAAUUCUGUGAACAUUGUGAUUAUUUUCUUCUGUUCAGUUCUGCUUCUUUUAAUUUUCUUCCUACUUCUGCAAUACUGCACAAGGGAAUGCAGAGGAAAGACUAACUUAAUAUAUCCACAGCAAGAUGAGGUGAAAGAUGUGCCAGAGGUUACAUAUGCUAGCGUGGUUCAUGAAGGAGCCAUCCUUCCACAACUUCAGUACCGACAUAUCUAUAUGAAUGAAAAUGUCCCUGAGUACGCAACAGUUGUGUGUAGCAGCAAUCCAAGAGAAGACAAGGAAUGCAAAACAAAUAACAGCAACCAACAGCAAGCAGCGGUCAGUGCAUCUCAAGGCCACUUAACUACAUGAAGGAAGGCUCAGCAAGUUAGGACACACCUGAGAACCUUGAUCACGUAUCUUAACAUAUCCAUACCACUGUGCAGCGACAGAAGAAUAUUUUGUUGUUCUCCACUCCACACAAACAUCUCCGAUUCUGUUUAAUAGAUGGACUGAUUACAGCAGUUUGGAUGGGUAUCCCUUUUAUGUCCUUUGUUAGAAUGACAAAGCAAUGGCACAUCAAUUCCAAGAAAGAUGCUACUUUGCAUCAGCAUCUGUUACUGAAUUAUAGAAUAGGAAUAAAAUAUAUAAGCUGUGUAAGUGCUUUAGUCUAUUUUUCACUACUAUCAGAAGAUUGUGGUACACAAAUAUAUUCAGUACUGUGUGAAAUUAUUGUAUUUUUUAUAAACACAUAGGGAAUUUGAAUAUGCAACUGAUUAACCUAGUAGGAAGUGAACAUGUCAUGGUAUUGCAUUGCAUUGAUCUGUACUCUGUACAAAAGAUACUGAAUGCACUGUGCCUAAACAUAGAUUAAAUUACAGACUUGGAGUAAUGCUAACAGGCAAGGCAUAUAUUCUCUAAUUACUUUCUUAAUCCAGUUUGGUGUCAAAGGGAGACAGAUCUUUCCCAGCACUCAGUGGGUGCAAGGAAAAACAUGUUGGUUGGGAUGUCAGUGCAUCUCACGUUGCAUGCAUGCAUGCAUGCACAUCAGUGCAUCUCACGUUGCAUGCAUGCACAUCAAUGCAUCUCACGUUGCAUGCAUGCAUGCACAUCAGUGCAUCUCACGUUGCAUGCAUGCACACCUUCAGACAAUGUGGAAGACGGACAUUUCAAAUACAAAAUGUAUUUGGGAUAUGGGAGAAGACUGCAGCACCCAGCCAAGCCUUCUGAUGCAGUAAGUCUAGGUGUUGUGCCAGUGUUCUGUUCAGCAAGGGAUACAAACAUCUCAAAUGGGAGUGAUAGAAAGUCUGUCUCACGUAAGGGCUGCUGCAUAUUUUAUUUUAAUGAACUCUAAUGUCUAACUAAAUUUUGAAUAAAGUGAUACUGUAAAUAAAU